AUGGUCGCUGCUGCAAAACCAGUUGUGCCUCGCAAGCGCAACAGGAAGCGGAAGCGACGUGCGGCUUCCUCAUCAUCGUCAUCCUCAGACUCUUCAUCGGAUGAGCAUUCCCGACCAUCUUCUCCAGGGACUACAACUCGGAUCGUUCAGCCACCGUCUCCAGCCCAGGCGUCCGAGAAUUCUUCAUCCGACUCACAAUCUGAAUCAGACUCCUCUGAAGACGAUACGAUACCCUCCCAUGCAGAAAAUGCUCAAAGAAGUCGCAGCCCGAAAGUAGCACCGACCAGAGGACGAUCACCUUCGCCUCCAGUGGCCUCUGCCCCCAUUCCAUCCUUCCUAUCAGCGUCUGCAAAUCAGAUGGAGAGCGAACAAAUGCUGAAGGAACGCUUUCGCAAAUUCUGGAUGUCAACGAUUGCCGACUCGUUUAAAGAAGAUUUGGAGGAGAUACGCAAGGAGCCUAACUUGACAACACCUCGGCUUUCUCUGCUCAUUGAGUCCCUGGCCUCCGGAGCAGACGUCUUCGCGUCCUCUCCACGAGGGAUCGCGUCGGAUAUCAACGAGAUGGAUGUCGUGAUGAAUCACCCUACAUCGUAA